ACUAUAUAUAGAGCAGAGCACAAGGUUAGCAGGCGGAAUGACACUCAGUCAGUCAACACAGACCAACACACUUACAGGCAGCACAAAGAACUUACCACUGGACUUGUAUGAAUACCGGUAAGCAGCAGAAGCCAGUGCUCACAGGCCAGAGGUUUAAGACCAGGAAAAGGGAUGAAAAGGAGAAGUUCGAACCAACAGUUUUUCGAGACACAAUUGUUGCAGGCCUCAAUGAAGCAGGUGGCGACCUGGAUGCUGUAGCCAAGUUUCUAGAUAUCACAGGAUCACGACUGGACUACAGACGCUAUGCAGACACUCUGUUUGACAUCCUCAUCGCAGGAAGCAUGCUUGCUCCUGGAGGUACUCGUAUCGAUGAUAGUGACAAGACCAAGGUGACAGCAUACUGUGUGUUCACCACAGACGAAAGCCAUGCUGCUCUACGCCUGCAUGCUCAGGUUUUCAGUAAGCUCAUCCGGAGAUAUAAAUAUCUGGAGAAGGCCUUUGAGGAAGAAAUCAUAAAGCUGCUACUUUUCCUUAAGGCCUUCAGUGAGUCGGAGCAGACCAAGCUAGCCAUGCUGACUGGCAUCCUGCUGGCCAACAGCACACUACCACCUCCCAUCAUCACCAGUCUCUUCACUGAAAGUGUGGUCAAAGAAGGGAUUUCUGCAUCUUUUGCUGUGAAGAUGUUCAAAGCAUGGAUUGCAGAGAAAGAUGCCAAUUCAGUAACUUCAUCUUUGAGGAAGGCAAACCUGGAUAAAAGACUUCUGGAGUUGUUUCCUGCCAGUAAGCAGAAUGUGGAGCAUUUUUCUAAGUACUUCAAUGAAGCAGGGCUCAAGGAGCUGUCUGACUUCCUGCAUAUGCAGCAGAGCCGGGGAACCCGCAAAGAGCUGCAGAAAGAAUUGCAGGAACGCCUGUCCCAGCAGUGCCCCAUCAGAGAGAUGGUUGUAUAUGUGAAGGAGGAGAUGAAGAGGAACGAGCUGCAGGAGCAGGCUGUGAUUGGCUUGCUGUGGACUUGCCUGAUGAAUGCUGUGGAGUGGAACAAGAAGGAGGAGCUGGUCACAGAGCAGGCACUCAAACACCUCAAACACUAUGCUCCUCUGCUGGCAGUGUUCAGCACCCAAGGUCAGUCUGAGUUAGUGCUGCUGCUAAAGAUCCAGGAGUACUGCUACGACAACAUCCACUUCAUGAAGUCCUUCUCUAAGAUAGUGGUGCUUUUCUACAAAGCUGAUGUCCUGAGUGAGGAGGCCAUCUUGAAGUGGUACAAAGAUGCCCACGCAGCUAAAGGGAAGAGUGUCUUCCUGGAACAGAUGAAGAAGUUUGUUGAGUGGCUCCAGAAUGCUGAAGAAGAGUCGGAGUCAGAGGGGGAGGAGGGCUAAAUGAAGAGCAGCGAACACUCCUAUAUUCUGCAUGUGUUUUCUGAAUGAGUGUAGCAGCUAGUUAACAUGCAGUAUAGAUUCCAUCUGGGCUGAGGUGGAGAUACAGCAAACACAGACCCACUUCCUUCCUAAAGCACCCAAACACCGUCACAUACCCAAAGAGUCUGAACACUGGACCAGGGGUCAGUCCCACACAUGUAGCAGGCCUUGCUAAUAUCCAUCUGCUUCAGCACACCCUCAGCCUCUAACACUGUCUGCAGUAGAUGUACACGUUUUAGUAUAAACACAAGAGAGACAAGUGAGUUUUACAAAACACUUGUGUAUUUAACUUGGCAAUGCUCUCUAUUUAUGAAUAAACUGAUUUUAUAUGUA